GUAACAUGUCCAACAGAUCGGUCAACGGACCAGUUAAUGUUAUCAAAUUCGUUAUAUCCGCUUUGAAAUUUUCACCUGCAUAAUAUCUCCCCCUUCCAUAUUUUAUCAAACAAGCAUGAUUCUACAACCUUGGAAGCAUGACAUAAAAAGACGCGAUGAUUCCAAUACUCCAUCAUUGACGCGAUCUAGUGGAGAAAACCGGAGACAUGAAGCUGUUGGAAGUACUUUGUUGCCUGCUAAUAGCUGAUGCACACGGAUUUCUUUACGACUCCUUUGGUUUCGGUGGUUGUCGACCAAUCACAUUCUUCUGUCACCUGUCAUGCGCAAACGGUUAUGAGAAAGAUGGCGCUGGUUGCGAUAUCUGCCACUGCAAAGGAGUGGACUCACAUCUCCUGACGGCGGACGGAAGUCACCACCAUAUUAGCAAUCCAUGUAUACCUCACCAGAUGAAUUGCCCUUUGAACUGUGAAUAUUACGUCAAAGGUGGAACCGGAUGUGAAUUUUGUAUGUGCGACAAUUCUCAUCACAACACGGUACAGCCAUCAACCGACAAACCAACAACAACUGCUUCAGCUACAUCAGCACCACAAACCCCAGCGCCGACAACUUCCGCUUCCGUUAAUACUACUGGCGCCACCACCCAUGAUCCAAUCGACUGCGAGCUUACAAAACAAGUCUGUGACCAAAAGUGUCAUGGCGAAUAUCUCAUUGAUCACAAGGACUGCACGUUUUGUGUUUGUAAAUCGGACCUAGGUUAG